UUUCAAAAGAGAUAACGACAAUAAAUAAAGGGUUUGGAUAGGUUUGUCCUGUUUAGACCCAAAUUCUCUAAUUUUCUCGUCAUAGUCUUUAUCGAUCUGCUGCAUCUCUUCUCUUCUCGUCUCGCGCUGUUAUUAAAUUGAGCGAGAAAAUAGAGGAAGGAAUUUGUUAAAAUAUUAAAAUAACAACAAGACACCACCAAACCCUCUAAACAAAUAAUUGAUAGGUGCUCAGACUGAGAAGAGAGGAGCAGAGAGCAGUGCAGACCAGACCAGACCCACCUUUCAACCUUCUCUCUCUUAUCUCUCCACGUUGAUUUUGAUUGAAACUUUCUCUUCGAUCGAUUUCGCCCGUGGCCUGAUUGGUCAUCGCUCGAACUACCAUGCGAUUUCUUCUUGUUUUGCUUUCUCUUUAUUUGGGUUAGGGUUUGCGACGUAACAUCCUUCUUGAUUUUGACUUUCUACAAACGGAGCUUCGCUUUCGAAGGGUUAGGGCACUCCGACAAAUGGAAGCGCCUGGGAGCAAUUCCGACGUGUACCGCAGCCCUUCUUCUUCUUCGUCUUCUUCUUCUAGUGGCAGUUCUAGAAGAUUCGGCUUGUUAUCUGCUUCAAACAUAAUCCAGGCACCGCUCUCCGCCUUAUUGGAGUAUUCGGGUAUUCUUCGCAGUCGUUCUAAUUAUCAAGAAAGCGAGGGUCUGAUCAGCGGACGCGUUUCGGGAUUUCGGGAUCAUCUUCAUGGUCAACUCGAUGAGCCUGCGACUGCCAGUAACGAUGGAGAGGUUUCAAUUAGGAUUAUUGGAGCAACGGAGCAGGAGCAUGACAGGGAAGGGACUGGUUUGGUGGUUGGGCAGGCGAGAGGGGAAGUCACUUCCACUCAGAAUGAGGUUUCGGCCCAAUCAAUGGCUACCUUGGCGCCGGAUUCUAGGGCUGAGCGUGGGUCAGGAGAAGGCAUUUCCCAGUCGUUAAAUGGAAAUUCUGACGCAGAAGUAGAGGAUGGAACUGGUACCAAUGGAAGAGAUUCGUCUUACCAACGAUAUGACAUUCAGCAGGCUGCUAGGUGGAUUGAGCAGGUUCUGCCCUUUUCUUUGCUACUGUUGGUGGUCUUUAUCCGACAGCAUUUGCAAGGCUUCUUUGUUACAAUUUGGAUUGCUGCUGUUAUGUUUAAGUCAAAUGAUAUUGUAAGAAAACAGACAGCUUUAAAGGGAGAGAGAAAAAUCUCUGUUCUGAUAGGCAUCUGUCUUGCUUUCACAGUUCAUGUUGUUGGUGUGUACUGGUGGUAUCAGAAUGAUGAUCUGCUGUACCCAUUAGCGAUGCUUCCUCCCAAAAUCAUACCACCAUUUUGGCAUGCUGUUUUUAUCAUCUUAGUGAAUGAUACAUUGGUUCGACAGAUUGCGAUGGUAUUCAAGUGCAUGUUACUGAUAUAUUACAGAAACAGCAGAGGUCGAAAUUACCGUAAACAGGGCCAAAUGCUAACUUUGAUUGAGUACCUACUCCUCUUGUACCGUGCCUUGUUGCCAACACCAGUGUGGUACCGUUUUUUCUUAAACAAAGAAUAUGGAAGCCUAUUUUCUUCACUAAUGACAGGAUUAUAUUUAACUUUUAAGCUCACUUCUGUAGUUGAAAAGGUGCAAUCCUUUUUUGCUGCGUUGAAGGCAUUAUCACGCAAAGAAGUACACUAUGGGGCAUAUGCAACAUCUGAGCAGGUCAAUGCAGCUGGUGAUCUUUGUGCUAUUUGUCAAGAAAAGAUGCAUGCUCCUAUCCUACUUCGCUGCAAGCACAUAUUUUGCGAGGACUGUGUGUCAGAGUGGUUCGAGAGAGAACGGACAUGCCCGUUAUGCAGGGCUUUGGUGAAACCUGCAGAUCUCAGAUCAUUUGGUGAUGGAUCAACCAGUCUAUUUCUUCAGUUGUUUUAAAACGCUUACCAUAAAACUGGGGAGUUUUUCUGCUCUGAAGUUUGAAGACCUCUUUCAAAGCAGCUUUCUCCUACUUAUACAAAAUGCACAGGUAAAAUUUGAUUGUAUUAGCUUUGCCUUUUUAACGGCCUUGCAGAUUAAUUUAAAGUGUUGGUUAGAGUUAACAUGCUUUAUUAUUGUUCAUAUGUUUUUAUUGAGAAAUUGGAAAUUGUAAAGUAAUGCGUCCAUUAACCAACAGAGGAUUGUCCUCAAGCAUUAAGUGUGUCCCUUUUCGUAUAUGAAAGUUUUUCACUCCUUUUAUACA